AUGGAGAAACAGAGGAUCGGGAUGCGCGAAGAUGGUGAGAAGCAUGUCGGGCCUGACAUCGCAUCAUUGUCGCUAGGUGGUGCAGUCACCUUGAACUCCAGGGUCAAGUCGAAGUACUGGCAGUUCAAGGAACGUAAUGCCGCCAAGUCCUACGCUGUCCUCAUUGACGUCCUUAAGCGUCUGCAAGCCCCUCUUGGGGUGGUGAGGGUAGCAAAGGUGGCUACUUCAAUGGCUUCCUUUUGCACAAUGAUAACGACAAGCUGGGAUACAUGGACCGCAAAAUCUUCAUUAUCAGACUCAGCGGAGUGA